AUGUGUGCUGUUCAAGAACCGAAGUCAAAGACCAGAUGUCUUGAGGAGGCAUUCGUCAGGUCCUGGCGGAAUCACGCUAGCCUCAUCACCUGUGUCAAGUUAAAUGUUGGGCCACUCACGCUAUCCGGGACGCAAGAUAGACGACUUGAUGAAGUGCUAAAGACAGUCGCCGCCCUUACCGGUUGGCCUUUUCGUUUCGCCACGGUGGCGCAUAUAACGAAGCAGAUUGGCCGGAUGACUAGAGAGGAGGUGUCGAAGACGGGCCUCAUUCGAGCUGGUGGUUCACGUGAGGAUAGCAGCUUUAAUUUUUUUAUAGGGGUAGUAGCGGCCUUCACUGAGGAUAGAAAAGCACACCAGAGUCGACGAUCUACACUGCCACGACCUGACUGA